AUUACCGUUUGCUUUUUUCCCGAGUCUCGAUUAAAACUUUCGUCUGCCAUUGAAUCUUCUUUGAAAAACAAGUCAGCAGCAAAUGAAUGUAGAGUCAGGAAACACUCAAAAUUCUUUGCAAGAAAUGGAAAUCAAGUUAUAGUAGGGAUUUCUCUUUUUUGGAGUGACAUUUUAUCUUCUCCUAGAUUCUGGUUAGCCUUCAGUUGGUUACAGAUUCAGAAUAUCCAUACGCUUUUAGCGAGUCCACAGCAAAGGCAGGCAUAUUGCUUGAUACUCCAAAAGCAUCUGCUGUAGGAUUUCUUUCUUUUUGUCUUUCGAAAAUGGAGGACUUAACCAGAGAAAGGGCGCAGACGACCUUCGAUGUAAAUGCCAUGAAGAUUAUCUGGGCUGGUGGACAAGAGGCUUUUGAAUUUCAUAACAAGUUGGCUUCCCUUGUUGCCCAUGACCCCGUUUUUCGGAAGGACAACAGGCCAAGGAUGACUCACAAAGAGCUCUUUCUUGGUGGAAUAAGAAAAGCAGCUCACUGUAAUGAACUUGCUAUUGAACUUGGGCUUACAGAGGCAGAUGCGAAUACGUUAAGGAUACUUAGAGAUGAGAAAGCAUAUGACACCUUGCAUUGGAAUAUGUUUGUCCCUGUACUAAGGACUCAGGCAACUCCAGAACAACAAAAAAAGUGGCUCCCUUUAGCAACUAGCAUGGCAAUCAUUGGUUGUUACGCACAGACAGAACUUGGACACGGUUCUAAUGUACAAGGGCUAGAAACUACAGCAACUUUUGAUCCAUAUGCUGACGAAUUUAUCUUGAACAGUCCAACUCUUUCAUCUACAAAAUGGUGGCCAGGAGGCUUGGGUAAAGUUGCGACACAUGCAAUAGUUCAUGCACACCUCAUAUUGGACAAGGAUUAUGGUGUGCAUGCAUUCAUUGUACAAAUAAGGAGUUUGGAGGAUCACAAACCUUUGACAACGAUAACAGUAGGUGAUAUUGGUCAGAAGUUUGGGAAUGGUGGAAACAAUACAGUGGAUAAUGGUUUUUUGCGGUUUAAUCACACGCGAAUACCUCGUACAAACUUGCUGAUGCGGAUGGCUGUAGUAACAAGAGAAGGCAAAUAUGUAUAUCAAGAUGUGCCCAAACAAAUAUUAUAUGGAGGCAUGAUCGCUGCACGCCAGACCAUCCUCUUGGAAGCUUCAGUUGAACUCUCACGUGCUGUUACGAUAGCUGUGAGGUACAGUGCUGUUAGGCGGCAGUUUGGUUUUGAUAAUAAUAAUAGAGAAAUGCAGGUGCUUGAUUACAUGACUCAGCAACACAAGUUAUUUCCUUUACUGGCAACUGCUUAUGCUUUUCGCUUUGUAGGGCAAUGGAUGGAAACAUUAUACUCAGAAGUGAUGUCGCAAUUUGAGAACAACAAUUUUUCAGCUUUGGCAGAGAUUCAUGCAUGCACAUCUGGACUAAAAGCUAUAACAACCUCUGUCACUGCAGAUGCAAUUGAAAAAUGCAGGAAAGCAUGCGGGGGACAUGGUUAUCUGUGUUCUAGUGGUCUACCUGAGCUGUUUGCAGCGUAUAUACCUGCCUGCACCUAUGAGGGCGACAAUACAAUUCUUUUUAAACAGGUUGGCAAAUUUCUUGUUAAAACAAUGCUCAACAUGAACAGGAGGUUAAGACCUCAGGGAACAACUGAAUAUCUGGCAGAUAUCCAUCUCCAUACAACAAAAGAUUGUGAAGUAUCAAAAGAUGAUGAUUGGUUAAAUCUAGACUUUGUGUUGGAUGCAUUUAAAGCACGAGCGAUACGGCUUCUUGUUACUCUCUCAAGGCACAUACAGAAGUUUCCCAAUCAAGAUGAUGGUUUUGAAGAGCUUUCUAUCGAUUUAGUUAAUGUUGCAGAAGCACAUUGUCAACUCGUAGUCCUUUCUAAAUUUGUGGACAAACUACAAACUACCAUUCCUGGUUUGAACGUGAAGCAACAGUUGCAUCUUCUUUGUAAUAUAUAUGGACUGUCAUUGAUUUGUGAACAUGCCGGAGACUUUCUAGCCACUGGAUACUUGACCAGAAGGCAGGCAAACCUCGCAAGGAGUCAACUCAGACGUAUUUUCUCUCAUGUGCGUCCAAAUGCUAUUGCGUUGGUUGAUUCCUUCAAUCAUACAGACCAUUACUUGGGUUCAGUCUUGGGUCGCUAUGAUGGUGAUGUGUAUACACAUCUUUACAUGGAAGCCAUGAAGGACCCUUUCAACAACGCUGAUGUUAUCGAUGGAUACAAGACUACAUAGAGCCUAUUAUUAAGCAACAAAAGUUUCCAGCUUCAAAGCUCUAAUAUCCUCCAGUUCGGAACUGAUGGGCAUCAUACCGUGAAGUAUAUUUCCUUUCUUGCCUUGACAUAUGACCUGAUUAAAACUUGUUUGCUCCAAUCCAAUUUGAUUCACCCAAAGUAUUUAAUAUCUAUUGAAGUGAAUAUUUAAGGAAUACUGUUUUAUUUUAUUAGCAUUUCCGUGUGUCACAUUUAUCUCUAUAUUUCAGAGGAUCAUUUAUUACAUCUUAUGAUUAUGAGAAUGAUGCCAUGUUUCUAUUUA